AUGCUCACCAACGCACUUUUUGCUGUGGUCGCUUUGGCCGUCGGCCGCGUUCUAUGGCGCGUCCUAUCGCGUUAUCUCCUGCGAAGCUCGCUGGACAACAUUCCUGGACCGCCGCCCGAGUCCAUCUUGUCGGGCAAUUUUCGUCAGAUGUUCAGUCCCACCGCAUGGGCGUUCCACGACAAGCUGGCCAAUGAGUAUGGUCCUGUCGUGCGGACAACUGGCCUCUUAGGCGAGAAACAGCUCUACGUCUCCGACCCGAAAGCACUGCAUCAUAUUGUGGUCAAGGACCAGAACAUCUAUGAGGAACAUCCUCAGUUUAUCUCGACGAAUACUGUAGUCUUUGGAAAGGGGCUCUUGUCAACGCUGGGCGAGGAUCACAGGCGCCAACGCAAACUCAUGAACCCGGUUUUCUCUACCAGCCAUAUACGGAGCAUGACAUACUCUGCGCUGCUCAUUUGUGCUCAGCUUCGGACGUCGCUGGAGACGCUGACCGAGGAUGGUCCUCGGGAGAUCGACAUGCUGGAAUGGAUCAGUCGUACUGCUUUGGAGCUCAUCGGUCGUAGUGGUCUAGGUCACUCCUUUGAUGACCUGACAGUGGACGCAACCCCGCAUCCGUACACCGUCAGCAUCAAGGAGCUUGCUCCGGCCAUGUUCCGCGUAUUCUUCUGGCGCGUCUAUGUCCUUCCUCAUGUACACAAGCUCGGUCCCGCCUGGCUGCGUCGCCUCGUCGUCAAUGUGCUCCCAAUGCGCCGUGUGCACGAUCUGCGGGAUAAGGUGGACCUGAUGUGGGCUAAUUCGAAGGAGAUCUAUUCGCGGAAGCUAGAGGCGCUCCGCCUGGGCGACGAGGCAGUGACGAAGCAGGUUGGGCAGGGGAAGGAUAUUCUCAGUUUGCUAAUUCGGGCGAACAUGAAAGCAGAGGAUCCCUUAGACGAGGACGAGUUGCUCGGUCAGAUGUCUACAAUAAUUUUCGCCGCCAUGGACACCACGUCGUCUGCGCUCUCGCGCACACUUUCGCUUCUCGUUCAGCACACGGAUGUCCAGGAACGGCUACGCGCCGAAAUACGUGCGGCUAAGAAAGACCAUGAUGUGCUUUCGUACGAUCAACUCGACUCGCUCCCGUAUCUGGACGCCGUGUGCCGGGAAACUUUGCGCCUGUCCGUCUCAAUCGUUUGCUACUCUCAACGUGUGCUAAAGGCUUCGACAGCUUCCCGCCACUGCCUCAGCUUCUGCGCCUGUGAGUCAUUCGGCUUGUUCUUCUGUGCCGUUGACUUAACAAGACCCAGGGCCCGCGAGGAUGUGGUCAUGCCCUUUAGUCGCCCGAUAGUCGGCAUUGAUGGGAAGACGAUGAACGAAGUUCAUGUACCGAAGGAUACUCCCGUCAUCAUCGCUAUUCAGAACGCGAAUAGGGAUCCCGACAUCUGGGGAGAAGAUGCGAAGGAGUGGAAGCCCGAGCGCUGGCUUCAGCCGCUUCCUGACUCCGUCGCGGACGCACACAUGCCUGGUGUCUACGGCAACCUCAUGACGUUCCUUGGCGGUGGCCGUUCGUGCAUCGGGUUCAAGUUCUCGCAGCUCGAAAUGAAGGUCGUGCUGGUUGAGCUACUGGACGCUUUCAAGCUUUCGUCCAGCGACAAGGACUUGAAGUGGCGCAUGAGUGUCAUCGUCUCUCCUUACCUUCAGGAUCAACCGGAGCGCUCACAGCUACCUAUCGUGCUGUCCGAGGCUCCCUAG